AUGUCAACAAUAGAGCUGGAAAAGCAGAUCGCCGGCGCUGGCCCGGCUCUCGAUGGCCACCGGUCAAAAACUACCUCACUGUCGGGCAAAAUUCUGAUUGGAGUCACCGGCGGCAUUGCAGUAGGCCUUUCCAUCGUUUGCUAUCCGUUCGUGGCACCGGCACUGCGCCGGCACUGUUUGCCGUUCGUUCCGGCCACGCCGAAUCAAAUCCGAAACGUACUUGCGUUUGUCAAACCGGCCAACCGAGGAAGCCGGCUGCUGGACAUUGGAUCCGGCGAUGGGCGAAUCGUAAUAGCGGCGGCACGUACCCUGCCCUCGAUAAAGGCGGACGGUGUGGAGCUAAACCCCUGGCUCGUGUACUACUCGCGACUGGCCGCGCUACGCAAUGGGGUAUUCAGUCGGACCAGCUUCGUCCGGAAGGAUCUGUGGAAGUUUAGUCUCGCACCGUACGAUCAUAUCGUGAUUUUCGGAGUCGAACAAAUGAUGGAGGAUUUGGAAAAGAAAGUACUCCGAGAGGCAGCACCGGGCACCACCGUAAUCGCUUGCCGGUUCCCCUUUCCAACGCUGAAGACGGAGAGCCGAAUAGAGGAAGGUGUUGAUUCGGUGUGGGUAUACAGACCGGUGGCCGCCCAACAGGAUGCCUGAACAGGUCUGUUUAGCCCAAAGUGGUUGAACAUUCGUUAGUCAUUUGUACAAUACACACAAGAACGUGUUUCUUUAGUAAGUAAAAUAGUCUUUUUCGCAUUUAUAGUUCAAGUAAAUGCACGGUUUUGUAUAGACCAACCGUGAAAUUAUUUAUUCA